GGCCACUCUCGUCCCAAGUUGCUAGUGUUUUUCAUUCAAAUUUAAGUCAUGUCGUAACCCGAAACGCCUCUGAAUCCACACAACCCGACACCCAAAUUCCCAGUGCAGGCAUUUCCGGAAAACUCCAGCUUCAGAUCAGCACGCAGACAUGUCGACCGCCUCGAGGAUCACUUUGGGCAUGGCGGUCUCUGUUUCCACGGCGAUCAUAGGUUAUGUGCAUUAUAAACAGUCGGCAGACCGUCUGAGACUCCACGACGGCGUCUUGAGGGAUGUGGAGCAGCAGCAGCGCCGGAAGCAUGAGAACACCUACACGCUGCAGCAGCAAAUAGACAUGACCAAGCAACUAAGGGCCAGGGAGGCAUCCAGCAACUCCUCCGACACGCCCGUACCUCCAGCGAACACCCCCUCGCAGAGGAACCUUCAAGCGGGGACAGAGGCGAAAGACACGCCCACACCGAGUGCCCAGGAACCCGAGCUCCAGCAGCAUCCGGAGCAACCAGGUGCCGAGGAAGCCGGAGAUGCCAAGCCGGCUGAAGCGGCCACUCAGGAUGCUCCCAGCCCUCCAUCAGACGUAGCUUGAUUACCGAAAUGCCUUCCAUUGUGCACUAAAUACUAGAGAAACUCGGGUUAAAUGAAGACAUUGGUUGCUAAAAAGUAGACACAAAUUGAUUACCUUUUAUUUAACCGGCUGUCAGAUCUUAUUGUUAACUGAUGGCAUUUUAAACUUGAGUACCUUUGUUGAUCACUGCCGGUAGGUGAACCCUUCUGUUAAUAGAGGUAUCCUAAAUAUAAGAAGUAGCUUAUUAGAGUACCUUAAGAUAUAUAAUCCUCUAAGAUCGGAUAAUAAAUAGCAAUUUAUACUUAUAA